AUGGAGUACGGACACACCGGAUGCUCUGGUGGCGCUCAGAUCUCAUGCCAGAGGCACGCGUGCUUCCUGGGCGUCUGAGACUGUGAAUAUCGCGGCGUGCAGCAGCAAGAGUGACAGUGAGUGACUUUUACACUAAUAACGAUGGCAGCGUCAACGCAAUAAAUAAUUCUAUUUUCGCCACAAACCCAACAUUUUUUUUCCGCCUCUCAUGCCAGAGAGAGUUAAUCUCUGAUGGGAUUUCAUGACUCUUCAGCGUGUUAAAUAUUGAACUUUUGCCACGACGAAUGAAAUAAAAAUGCCGCAGCAUCCAAUCGAUAGAUUUGCAAUUUAUGAAAAACACCAUCGCGAGAUGUAUGAAGCAGCUGAAGUGUGAAGGUGUUAAAUAAUCUGGAGUGAUUGUCAGUAGAAUAUAUAGUGGGCUAAAAUGCGCGCCAAACAAUCUCAGCGAGUGUCAUCGAUGUAAAAAAGGACAUUUUGAUUGCAAACAAAGAAUCACCUGCACUGUGUUGAGAUUGGAGUGUUGAUAGAUAUUCCUCGAGUGGGCGGAUCUGCGGCCAACAGCGGUGGGAAUACGGCGGAGUGUUAAUUAAAAUUGCAGGAAUAGAAGCGCCAAUUCAGCGAAAAUGUCCGACAGUUACAGGGAGGAGUAUGAUGACAAUUCAGACGUUGUUUCUGGUGAAAAUUCCCAGCUCGAUGAUCUCUACACCAGAUACAGGCAGAGACUCCGGAAAAGCCUCUUCACGUCCGGCCUGGCCAUCGCACUCAUCACAUGCGUGGUCUCAAUCAUCUUCUGCGGCCUCGGAGUUCAGCGCCUGUUGGAUCUGGUCCUGCUGCCAAUAGUCAGCGUCGUCCUGCUCACGGUGCUCGUGGCUCUGCAGUUUCCCGCCGUUCUCAACUCGCCGCUGGCCGCUCUCGGCUUCGCCAUCCUCGCCACCGUUUGCUUGGGCGCCGCGGCCACAGUUGUCGGCGGUCAUGUGGCCCCCCUGCCGCUGUACGCUCUCAUCCUGGGUGUUCACACGAUGUUGCCAGUGUCUUGGCCUUGCUCAGUGGUUCUGGCUGUCAUUCUCUCGCUCGUGCACUUGGCCUACAGGAUUGGGACGAAUUUUCAAGAAUUUCCACCGCUUUUCCUGCAGCAGCUCAGCGGCGAGGCCAUCCUCUUGGCGACGGCGAGCGUCUCCGGCCUGUACUACCGCAUCAUGUCGGAUGCAGCACACAAUCGCACCGUUGACGGCACGAGGACGGGAAUUGAGCAGCGCGUGAAAUUAGAGUGCGAGCGUGAGCAACAGGAGCAGCUGCUGCUCAGCGUCAUUCCGGCGUACAUUGCGGCAGAGGUGAAGCGCAGCAUAAUGCUGAAGAUGGCCGAUGCUUGUAAUCAUCAAGCGGGUGGCGGACAAACCACGCGCUUUCACGAGCUGUACGUGCAGCGACACAACAACGUGUCCAUCCUCUAUGCGGACAUCGUGAACUUCACGCCGCUCAGCGAGCAACUCACGGCCAGCGACCUCGUGAAGACACUCAACGAGCUCUUCGGUCGCUUUGACCAGAUCGCCCAGGAAAAUCAGUGCUUGAGAAUCAAGAUCCUGGGCGAUUGCUACUACUGCGUCUCCGGAUUGCCCGUGUCACGUCCACAACACGCGGCCAAUUGUGUGAACAUGGGACUGGCCAUGAUUGAUGCUAUCAGAUUCGUGCGGGAGGCCACCGGCUUCAAUGUGGAUAUGAGAAUAGGAGUUCACACUGGCAAUGUCCUGUGCGGUGUCCUGGGUCUGCGUAAGUGGCAAUUCGACGUGUGGAGCGACGAUGUGACGCUGGCGAAUCACAUGGAGAGCGGUGGAGUGGCCGGGCGUGUGCACAUCACAAAGGCGACACUCGACCAUCUGGACGAUAAGUUUGAGGUUGAGCCUGGCAAUGGAGCUUCGCGCGAGGCUUACUUGGCUGAUCACAAAGUGGAGACUUAUCUCAUUGUCCCGCCAAAGAAGUCAACGACGGAUUUGUCAAAGAUGACGCCGAACAGCUCUCCGAAGCCACCGGACUCCUUGCCAAUAAGCAAGGUGUCAAUUAUGGAGCCCGAGGAGGAGUCGUCUGACACUAAGACGCCCUCGACCACUGACUGUGACUCGCGCGAUGAGCUCAAGAUUGCACCAGUGACGCUGCAGAUAACGCCGACGAUCACAGAGGAGGACGACAGCGUGGCGGACGACAAGGACAUGAAUAAGAAGUCGUGCUUGUCGUUGCCAGUGGAGCCAAUGAACGGUAUAACCCCACCGGCGGUUCACGAUCGCCGGAAACUUUCCGUUCAGGGCUUAAUGGGCUUUGGGGAGAGAAGACGAUCCUCCGGAGCUUUUCUCACAGAUCUCACACGCAAAAUGUCCAUAUCAAAUGGUGAUGGAUUUGCUACACCAGGCGGACCGCCGUUGCGAACCCGGCCGUCGUCCAAGAUGACCAAGUAUGUCGAGUGCUGGGGCGCAGACAAGCCCUUCGCCAACAUCACUGACUCGACAAUGGCGAAAAACAUCGGCCUAGCAAGCAUCGCUAUGAUCGAAUCGAAUUUACUCCCACCGGAAAACGCGUGCAGCGACUGUGGAUGCUUCGGGCCACCGAAGGAGUUGAAGCCCAUCACAAUGUGGUACAGAAACGGGCCGCGCGAGGAAAUGUAUCGCAUGCUGCCUGACCCACAUUUCCGAUAUGACUUGAUAUGUGCAUUUAUUAUGUUCCUCUCAAUUGCCGUUAUCCAGCUUAUAAUUGUUAGAAGUAAUGUAGCGCUUUUAGGAUCAAUGGGUGCUUGCGCAAUUUCCCUGGGCAUUUUCUUGUAUCUGAGCCACUCGCAAUUGGGCGAGAGCUCAGCGCCAGGAUCUCACGGCCCUGGCCAAGUGAUAGCAAACAGUCGUCCUCUGAGGAUGGCCAUAUUCUUCAUAACCAUCGCUUUAAUAGCCGCUUUUGCUGUUUUCAGUGUGAUCAAUUUCGAUGAUGAAUAUUCUCUGGGCACGGCGAUGAAUAUGACUGAGUUCCCACCGAUGGAGCCACGCGCUCUUGAAGCCGCGCCAACGUACAUCUUCUGCUGCGCUCUCAGCUUGUCGGCAAUCUCAGCCUUCUUGCGGGCUGGAUUUGUUCUGAAGUUCGCCUCCAUGAUCCUGGCAAUUGGCCUCCAAGGCAUUUCGUUGCACUUCAGUGAUCUCAUUCAGCGCUACGACAGCUACACUCUGCAAUCCUGGCCUCUGGUCCUGCAGGGCGUUCUGUUCCUCCUCCUGAUCGCCUCUGUGCUGCACACGCUCGAUCGCCAGGGUGAAUUUGUGUCGCGCACGGAUUUCCUCUGGAAGGCGAAGCUAAAGAUUGAGCAAGAGGAGGUGGAGACAAUGAGAGGCAUCAACAAGAUUCUGCUGGAAAAUAUCCUUCCAGCUCACGUGGCGUCGCACUUCCUGCGCAAGGAUCGCUCAGACGAUCUCUAUCAUGAGAGCUACUCCUGCGUGGCCGUGAUGUUUGCCUCCAUUCCCAACUACAAGGAGUUCUACGAUGAGUCUGACGUGAACAAGCAAGGUCUCGAGUGCCUCAGGCUUCUCAAUGAGAUCAUCUGUGACUUCGACAAGCUCCUGCUCAAGCCCAAGUACAGCGGCAUCGAGAAGAUAAAGACAAUUGGCAGCACGUAUAUGAUUGCAUCAGGAUUGCGACCGGGCAAGGAAGAAGGAGCAACGAAUCCCAGCAUCUUGGACGAGAAGCGAACGGAGGAACACAAUGUGGUGACUCUGGUGGAUUUUGCCAUAUCGCUCAUGUCGGCUCUGGACCAGAUCAACCGCGAGUCCUUCCAGCGCUUUCGCCUGCGAAUCGGUCUCAACCACGGGCCUGUGAUUGCGGGUGUGAUUGGCGCCCAGAAGCCGCAAUACGACAUCUGGAGCAACACAGUGAACGUGGCCUCGAGGAUGGACUCGUGCGGCAUUAUGGGACGCCUUCAGACGACAGAGCACACAGCCAAAGUCCUCAUGACGGCGGGUUAUGCGUGCGACUGCCGUGGACCAACGUACGUCAAGGGCAAAGGCACUCUCACCACGUACUUCGUAAAGACGCCGUACGACGAGAAGAUUUAAGGACACAACAUUCGCCCCAUUUCACCUCUCCCACACCAAGAGGAGUCAACAAAUCACGAGCUUUCUCUCCAAACCUCCGUCGUUGUGAGUCCCACGCACUCUUCCGUCAUGCCUCAGCGGAUUACCACCGCCCCGCACGCUCACGGGUUUGGGUUAUUUCCUCCAGGAUCUGGACAGUUUAUGCCGCCGAAUAACCGCCCUGAGUAAAAAUCACAACACAACCCAUAAAGCCACCAAUCUCUCCUCCAAGGGCGUAGCCAGAAAGCGAACAAGAGGCGCAAAUUUAGCACUUUUACUAGCUUGUGAAAUUGGAAAGUAAUUUCCACUUAUCCGGGUAUUUUUAUUGCAUAUAUCUUAGAAUCCUUUAAUAUCCGUGCCACUGGAAAAUAGAUUCUUAAUAACCAUUUACCGAUGAUGAAUUCCCAUGUGGAAAAAAUAUCUUCAGUUAUAAAGAAUUCUUAACUAAAAAGGAAACUCCGCAAAGUUCCCUUGAAUGCAAUGUUAUUGCUCAUUCAAGAUUUUAAGCCUCAUUCGCUUAUAAAUCCUCCUUGUGCACGGAAUAAUCGACUGCCUACGUCCUUGCUCUCAUCUCGCAUCACCCUUUCUUCAUCCCCACAAAAGAUUACACUUUGCUGUCGUGCACUGGAAGUCCAUUGGAGAAGGAGCACAGAUUAGAGAUAUUGCCAAAGGCUAAUCAUUUGAUCAAUUAUUGACGUAUAAUAGAACAUAGGAUGUUUAGUGUAAACGAAAAGAGAGUCAACUCUCGACAUUUGAUGUGAAAAAAAGGCUGGAAGAAGAGCCGAAGUGGAGCAACAGGUUUAAAGAAUGAAAUAAAGGAUAUAUUG